AAAGUUCCUUUAUCAUAAUUUCUGAUAGUGAACGAAUCGUUGCUUUCUGAUUGAGCACGAUAAAUUAAUUACAGUGAAAUUUUUUGUUGUAUAAUAAUUAAAAUCAAAUAUAUGUAUAUAUAUAAUAAUAAUCGGCAAAGUAAAAGUUAAAAAUGGACGGAGUCAGAUUCAAAAUCCUAUUAAUAGGAGACAGUGCCGUCGGCAAGACCAACAUUAUCCUAGCAUUCACAAAAGGCCGAUACAAUCCAUUACAACCUGUCACAGUUGGAGUUGACUACAAAAUCAAAGAUAUUGAAGUGAAUGGAGUUAAAGUGAAGCUGUCAAUAUGGGACACAGCAGGCCAAGAGAAAUUCAGCUCAUUGAUUCCUAGUUUCUACAGAAAUGCACACGGCGCCAUAUUCGUUUAUGACACGACAGAACCACAAACACUAGCCAACUUAGAGAAGUGGCUUCAAGAACUUAAAGAUAAUACUACAAGAGAGAAUGUAGUGUGCUUAGUUGCAGGAAAUAAAAUUGACAGGCCGAGAGCGGUACGCAGUGCGCAGGGGCAGGCAUUCGCGCAAAAACACAAAAUGUUAUAUUUCGAAUGUAGCGCUAAGAAUAAUGAUGGGAUCAACUUAAUCUUUGAAGAACUUGUACAGAAGAUCAUCGAGACGUCAGCCUCAUUGGAGACCAGCAAAAGUUCCAAUUCUUGUAAAGCAAUUGUCGUGCAACAAAAAAAAUACCGACAAUAUCAAGAGGACAAUGAUUCUUGUCCCUGUUAAUUAUAAGAUGAUUUGUUUGUACCCUAUGCAUUCAUAGACAUAGUGGACAGUUAUGCCAACCGUCUACUUUAAAAAGAAUAUUAUAAAAGUAUUGUAAGCAGAGUCGUGGAUUGUGAAUUGAAAGACCCCGAUUGUCAAAACAAGUUUAAUACGAGCAACAGAGUAAUACACAGUUGUUAGAAAUGGCGGGAGCGCGCUCUAGGUCUAGGUACAUAUGAAACAUGCGAACGUAUUGGCGGCCGGCGUAAGACUACUGUAGAGGGCGCCAGUACCUAUUACUUAUAACGGGCGGGUGGAUGCCCGCGAGAUGCCCGGAUUGGUCGUUCUAUUAUGUUGGUAGUAGUGACGUUGGGUUGUACCAUAAAAGCAAAUUAUAUCAUACAAUAGUGUCAAAGUUUUAUAAAAAAGAAAUGUCUUAAUAUUAUUUAUAUUAAUAAUAAUAUCUGUUAUUAAUAAUAUAUGGAAACUAAACUAA